CGUGCGGUGUCAAGACCACGUUGGAAUCAUCAGCGGUCGUAUCAAAGAUGGGUUUUGGAGAUCUUAAAAGCCGUGCUGGACAACAAGCAUUGGACGCUUUUGUUGCCGACAAAAGCUACAUUGAAGGAUUCCAGCCCUCACAAGCUGAUGUCGUAGUAUUUGCAGCGCUAUCACAGCCUCCACCAGCUGACCUACCUAAUGCACUGAGAUGGUUCAAUCAUAUUAAAUCUUACAGUGAUGCUGAAAAAAAAGGAUUUGGUGGUCAGAAGAAAGACUUGGCUACAUAUGGACCUGGAGGAGAUGCCAAGCCUGGUAAAGAUGAUGAUGAUGAUGACGAUGACAUUGACCUGUUUGGUUCCAGUGAUGAGGAGGAAGCCGCUGAAGUAGCAGCAUUAAAGCAGAAAAGAUUAGAGGAAUACUCAGCCAAAAAGGCCAAAAAACCAACUGUCAUUGCCAAGAGUAAUAUAGUUCUAGAUAUCAAACCAUUGGAUGAUGAGACCGACAUGGCUGAAGUAGAGCAAAAAGUCCGUACCAUUGCUAUGGAUGGUCUGCUGUGGGGAGCAGCUAAACUGGUUCCUGUUGCAUUUGGCAUCAAAAAAUUACAAAUCGCCAUGGUGGUGGAGGACGCCAAGGUUAGUGUGGAUGACAUCACAGAAAAAAUUGAAGCAGAUUAUGAAGAUUAUGUACAGUCUGUUGACAUUCAUCUGUUCCAGAAGAUAUAGUGUCAAUGAAAACCUGGGUCUAAAGUGCUCUUAAUUUGCCUAUAAUAAAUAAUAAACAACC